CUGUUUGGAACACGACGGGGGAGGGGUUGAGCUCGCCGUUGUACUAUUGUCUGUUUUCAACUCAGACACGUGUUGCGUGGAUCGUACGAGGAGCAGAACGCAUCACUAGAGGAGGAUCAUGGAGAGAGGACUUCUGGCUUACGGGGAAACUUUUUCCUGCUCGAUUUGUCUGGAUCUGCUGAAGGAUCCGGUGACUAUUCCCUGUGGACACAGCUACUGCAUGAAGUGUAUUCAAGGAUUCUGGGACGGAGAGGAGAAUAUCUACAGCUGUCCUCAAUGUAGGAAGACCUUCACACCGAGACCUGUUCUGGAGAAAAGCAUCAUGUUAGCAAAUAUAAUGGAUCAGCUGAAGAAGACUGGACUCCAAGCUGCUCCUGCUGAUCACUGCUAUGCUGGACCUGAAGAUGUUUCCUGUGAUUUCUGCUCUGGAAGAAAACUGAAAGCCACCAAGUCCUGUUUGAUCUGUCUGGCCUCUUACUGUGAGAAACACCUUCAACCUCAUUUGGAUGAAGCUGCAUUCAAGAAACACAAGCUGGUGGAACCCUCCAAGAACCUGCAGGAGAACAUCUGCUCCAUUCAUGAUGAGGUGAUGAAGAUGUUCUGUCGUACUGAUCAGAAGUGUAUCUGUUAUCUCUGCCCUGUGGAUGAACAUAGAGGACACGACACAGUCUCAGCUGCAGCAGAAAGGACUGAGAGGCAGAGAGAUCUGGAGGAGAGUCAACAACAAAUCCAGCAGAGAAUCCAGGACAGAGAGAAAGAGGUGAAGCUGCUUCAACAGGAGGUGGAGGCCAUCAAUCACUCUGCUGAUCAAACAGUGAAGGACAGUGAGAAGAUCUUCACUCAGAUGAUUCGUCUCAUCCAGAAAAGAAGCUGUGAUGUGAAGCAGCAGAUCAGAUCCCAGCAGCUAACUAAAGUGAGUCAAGUCAAAGAUCUUCAGGAGGAGCUGGAGCAGGAGAUCACUGAGCUGAAGAGGAGAGACGCUGAGCUGAAGCAGCUCUCACUCACAGAGGAUCACAGCCAGUUUCUGCUCAACUACCCCUCACUGCCACCACUCAGUGAGUCCACACACUCAUCCAGCAUCAAUGUCCGUCCGUUUUACUGCCAGAACCAGAACCAAAGAGCAGAGCAGACUUCUUAAAAUAUUCAUGUCAAAUCACACUGGAUCCAAACACAGCAAACAGACGACUGUUACUAUCAGAGAACAGAAAGGUGAUGUUCAUGGAACAACCUCAGUCUUGUUCUAGUCAGGACAGAUUUAUUAAUUGUGGUC